AUGCGACAUUAUUACCUUGAUUAUCGAAGUCGAUCAUCUUCAGUCACAGAUAAGAAUGAGUUCAGUGCAAGCAGUCACUUCAGAUGGCAGAGUAUAAAGAAAUUUCUGUACGUUGCUCACGCCUUUUCAUUAAAUAGUUUCAGUUUCGACCUCUUCUCAAGGGUCUUAGUGGUUCACGCACAUUUAUUCCUUUAUAUAAUAUACGCAGUGGUCAUAGGAAUAAGUUAUAUGUUUAUGGAUUUCUUUAUAAAACAAUAUACAAGAAAGCUGGAUACUGGAAGUUUGAUGAAUCCAUUGCUGAAAGGAGUAUCAUAUGGUAUUCUUAUACAAACCGAUCUUUCCGCUAUUGUGAAUAAAGGAAUAAAUCUAGUAACCGACCCAUUCGGAGUUGGCCUCAUCGGGGUAUAUGAUUUUGGAACCAUGUCUCCUUUCACGAUGGUUGACAACGCAGUGUUAAUUUUCGCGAUGGUGUUUAUUGCUAUGGCUUUCGCGAGAUCUCUCAUAGUACGAGUGCUUUAUUUGAAACUUACUGAAUGUGUUAAAGUGGACCUGGCCGAAACUCCUCACUAUCUUUUAUUCGCUAUUCUGCCUUUGAGUACAGAAUUUAUGGAUGCUCACAAGAUCUUCGUACUGUACAUUUAUCUGUACAUGAUGGCUGCAUUAGUGGCAUAUUUGUAUUCUAGCGACAGUAUGCUGGGCUUAUUCUUUAGCGUCAAUACAUGUACUUUAUCUCUGGGCGCCCUCAAGGUGGCUAUAGUCAUGUGGGUGUAUGGAGUCCAAAAGUUUUCAACAGAUAUACAGUUUUGGCUUGGUUUUGAGCCUACAAGCUUCUGGCAGUAUUUAUGGACAGUGCUUCCAUUACUCCUUACUUUGAGGAUCUGUGCGAGCGGAAAGAACGGCUGGGUGCCGGUCGAUAAGAGACGAAGCGCAGGCGCGAAGUCCAAGGGACCAGUGUUGGAGAACACGCUAGUCCGCCGACAGGCAGACACGCGGCUGCCAGCAGCCUGCGGCCGCUACGAUCGCGGACGAUGCACGCUCGUCGCUCGCGGUGUGUGCGCAACGUUGCGCUUGUGCUAG